AUGUCAAUCGGUUCAAAAUUUUUCACUUUCAAUUUGUUCAAGUCAAUUAGAUUUAACAAACUAACUACUAGAAUUACUACUACUACUACUCCUCAUAUUACUACUACAAAUUAUCGUUUCUUUUCAAUAAUGCCUGAAAUUCCAAAGACUCAAAAAGCUGUUGUUUUCGAAACAAACGGAGGUAAAUUAGAAUACAAAGAUAUUCCCGUGCCUAAACCAAAGUCAAAUGAAUUGUUGAUCAAUGUCAAAUACUCGGGUGUUUGCCACACCGAUUUACAUGCCUGGAAAGGUGAUUGGCCAUUGGACACUAAAUUGCCUCUUGUUGGUGGUCAUGAAGGUGCCGGUGUUGUUGUUGGUAUGGGUGACAAUGUUAAAGGAUGGGAAAUUGGCGAUUAUGCUGGUAUUAAAUGGUUGAAUGGUUCUUGCUUGAACUGUGAAUUUUGUGAACAAGGUGCGGAACCAAACUGUCCACAAGCUGAUUUAUCCGGUUACACUCAUGAUGGAUCCUUUGAACAAUACGCUACUGCUGAUGCCGUUCAAGCUGCCAGGGUCCCUAAAGGAGCCGAUUUGGCCAAAGUUGCCCCAAUUUUAUGUGCUGGUGUUACUGUUUACAAGGCAUUAAAGACUGCUCAAUUAAGAGCUGGUGAAUGGGUUUGUAUUUCUGGUGCUGGUGGUGGUUUGGGCUCAUUGGCCAUUCAAUAUGCCGUAGCCAUGGGCUACAGAGUUGUUGGUAUUGAUGGAGGUGCCGAUAAAGGAGAAUACGUCAAGAGCUUAGGAGCUGAAGCUUAUAUUGAUUUCACCAAGGAGAAGGACAUUAUUGCUGCUGUUAAGAAGGCAACCAAUGGUGGUCCACAUGGUGUCAUCAAUGUUUCUGUUUCUGAAAAGGCUAUUAAUCAAUCAGUCGAAUAUGUUAGACCUUUGGGUAAAGUUGUUCUUGUUGGUUUGCCAGCUGGUUCUAAAGUUGUUGCACCAGUUUUUGAUGCUGUUGUCAAAUCAGUUGAAAUUAAAGGUUCUUAUGUUGGUAAUAGGAAAGAUACCCAAGAAGCUAUUGAUUUCUUUGUUAGAGGUAAAGUCAACUGUCAAAUUAAGAUUGUUGGUCUUAGUGAAUUGCCUGAGGUUUUCAAAUUAAUGGAAGAAGGUAAAAUCAUGGGAAGGUAUGUACUUGACACGAGUAAAUAA